AAGAAACAAGUUAUAAACAAUCAGAGCAUUGUGUGGGGCCAGCUCGGCAUGCUGCAACCUCCAGAGUGCUGAGCCGAAGAUAUUUUUGACAGGUGUUCACAUGGGGCGGCGUUGACUUGUGCUAUUGGUUUGCUGGACCCGUUUUACUCCAUUGUUACGUCUGAAACGGUAGAGUACAUCACAGACAAAAUGUCAGAUGGUGAGACGGAUGCGUGGGUAGGCGUAUGGAGGCCUCACAAGCCAAAAGGACCCAUUGCUGCCCUUUACAGCAGUCCUGGACCAAAAUACGCCCUUCCUGGUAGCACAGGAAAUGAUUUUCAUGAUCCGAGGAAACUAAAAGCACCGGCAUUCAGUUUUGGCAUUCGUCGCAGUCAGCUAUCAUCAGACCUCUCCCCUGGGCCGGGCUACCUUGUCCCAGCCAACAUCACCAGGAUAGGACGAAGUGGAACACCAGCCUACUCACUUUAUAGCCGUCCCAAAGAUUCCCUCCGCUUCCAGACUCCUGGGCCAGGCAAAUAUGCUCCAGAAAGAGCCGGAAAGUCUGCAUUUUACAGUUCCCCUGCAUACUCAAUGUCAGCACGGACAGGAGGCUUCUUUAAUCCUACAUCCCCAGGACCUGCUGCUUAUACGUUGCCCUCCGUACUGGGAACCAGGACUGUGAACAAACCCUCUGCCCCAAACUUCUCCCUCACUGGAAGGAGCAAGGUUGGCAGCUUUCAUGAGGACCUUCAAAAGACACCAGGGCCUGGAACUUACAAAAUGGUGGAACCCAGCAGCUACAAAUACAAACCUCCCCAGUACAGCAUGAUUGGCCGCAAUAUGAUGCCUGGAGAUCUCACAGAGAAGCCAGGACCUGGAGCCUACCGGCCAGAAGUAGUCACUUUCACAAGGAGGAAAUCCCCAUGUUUCUCUUUUGGAAUCCGACAUUCCGAGUUUUCUACUCCUGUCUUUUUGGACAAAGAAGACUAGUCUCCUGCUGCAUAUAUUAUCACUUUGUCAUGAGUGUAAAGACAUCGCUCAACAAUGUGCUGAAGAAAAAAAAACUGCAAAGCAUCUCAUGAUUAACACGAUUGCUGCUGAGUAUUUGUGAUUGUAACAGAAAAUCAUAACUGAAUCAUUUCUAAGAGGACUAACCCUAAUGCUGUGCACCUAAUACAAGCUAAAUAAAUGCAAGGAACUGGCUGAAGCCAGGACUCAUA